AUGGCUUCCAAGAGAGUCCUGUCCGAGUUUAUUGAUGUCGGAAAGGGAAAUGGUUGCGGCUAUGGUGAUGGGCAGGGUGGUGGUGAAGUUCGGGAUCAGACUCUGGGGAUUGAAGGAGGUGAACCCGAGCAAGGGGACAAUGAGCCGAGGAGGGAGAUUGAAAAUGUAGGAGGUGGAGAGAGAAUAGAUGAGGACCAGCAGGAGGGGGAAGUUGUUGAAGAGACACCUGAAGUGGAUGCAGAACCUGAGAAUGCUUGUUAUGUACAAGAAAAGACAAAUAAGGACCAUGGACAUGAUGGAUUAGACCAAGGAGAUGAGGAAGGUAUAAGGGUGUCUAAGGAGAAUGAAGACAAAAGUGACGAUGAAGAACAAAGGCAACCAGAAGCAAACGAGGUACCUGCAAAUGGCACUGUUGUGUCCGAAUCUGAGGAGUUAGAUACUGGGUCUCCUCUAGUGCGGAAGAAGCGUUUCAAGAGAAAAGCUCAAAAGGCAGAACAGCCUCAGAAUUUAGCUUCAUUAAGGACAGUGCCUUCUCCAUCAAGGGAAUCAUCCUCUUGUCAAACAAGUUUUGUGGAGGAUUCUAAAAAGCAAAAUGAGAAAGCUAAAACCUUUUCCAAGAAGGAAAUAGAAGAUCACGAAUUUACAAGAAACUUGGUACUUCCCAAUGGGAAGCGCAAGAAAUUAAACUGGACAGGUGAAGAGGUAGAAAUGUUAAAGUAUCAUCUAAUCCCUGCCGAGAGUAUGUUGAUGCCUAACUGA